CGCCGCCUCAUACAGCACAGUUAAAUACUGACACAUUCACAGAGCAUCACACAAGUGAAAUAAAGACUGGCAAAACCAACUGGACUCCCGGGGAAAAUGAAACAGGAGCAGCUUUUGACGAUAUUACAAGACGUGAAGAAAAUGUUGACCACCUUCAAAGUCAAGCGAAGGAUGCUGCUGGAGUAAAGCAAUGCUGUGUUCAGCUCGAAAGACGUGACACGCCGCCAUCUUUGCAGCUUCGACCUGUCAGACGGAACAGAGGCCUGAAGCUGAAAAAGAUUCUGCUGGAAGAGAAAAGAGGACUUUGGGACCAGGCCCUCCCGGUCUGCAAACCUGCUUCUAGAAAAGCAAAAUCACCCAGCAGGGCUCCCCAAGGGGCGUCUGACGAUGAGAGUUCAAUCCACUCAUAUAUGGCUCCUAUCACUAACUGCAGUGAAGAUGACUCAUGGUCGGGCUACUCGGAUGAUUCCUCUUCUUUGUCUUCUGUCAGUAGUCCCACCGGAUAUGAUUCAUUUAUUAAUUGCUCAAAUGAGGAACCUGCCACUAUGGGUCCUAAAGUUUUGUCAGCUCCGAAGAGAAAAUUGGGUACAGACGUCAAAGCUAGCACCUCGAAGAAAGUUUACUGCUUUCUCUGCAAGAAGCAUGUAGAUACAAGCAUGAGGAGUCACAUGAAAACACACUUUCCUGAGGGCGAUUACGCCUGUCCUCGAUGCGACAGUAGAUUUAAACGCUUCUCAUCUUUUAAGAUUCACGUGCGCACAACCUGUUACGAGUACGGUCAGCAGCAGGUCGAUCCGGAGAAGCCGGACGAAGCCCAGAAUCUUUACAAAUGUGACAAAUGCCAAGAGGCCUUCAGGUGCAAAGUUUCACUGGACAGACACCGACUAACACACGAUGAGUUGUACUGCAGUGUGUGUAGGAAGGUGUUAGGAGACACCGCGGCUUUGGCGAGGCACAAGGUCUCCCACAGGGCGUUCCAGUGCACCCGGUGUGAGGAGACCUUCACUCUGUUUAUGCCCUUACUCAGGCAUUGUGAAAAUGUCCAUAAAAUAAGCAGGCCGUUUAAAUGCAACCGCUGCCCCAAAACUUUUCCCAGGCGGCGCUUUUUGAUCCUACACGAGUGGACACAUACGGGGCACCUGCCAUUCCAGUGUGCCCGGUGCAACUGUAGAUAUAAGUCGGACUCAGAUCUCAUUAAACAUCAAAGGGUCCACACGAGAGAGAAACCCUUCCUGUGUCCGGAGUGCGGCAAGACCUUCUCCCAGAACUCCAAUCUGUUGCGGCACUUGAAACUCGUCCACGAUGAGCAUCAAAAGCAGAAGAGACAUGCUUGCUCCCAAUGUGAGAAAUCCUUUAAAGAGAAAGGGGCCCUGAAAAAGCACCAGAGGAGCAAUCACCUACACGAGCUAUUCCGCCAUCCGUGUUCGUACUGUGGAAAGAUGGUCGCCAAGUCGACACUCGCUCGACAUAUAUUGAUCCAUACGGGAGAGAAACCUUUUAAAUGCACCGAGCCCGAAUGUGACAAGUUCUUCAGGUCAACCUCUGAAGUGAGGAAGCAUGUCCUUAUUCAACAUACGACAGAGAGACCGUAUAAAUGUGAUGUAUGUGGAAAGGGCUUUAUAAAAAUGUGUUUUCUCAAAGAGCACGCUAAAAUACACUCGGGAGAAAAGCCAUUUGUUUGCCACAUCUGCGGAAAGGCUUUCCCUAAGCUCUACAGCAUGCAGCGACACAAAAAGCUAAUACAUACAGUUGUAUCGCAUUAACCCUGCAUGAUACUUACGCUCAAUAAAACAGUGGUAUGCUCAGAGAAUGUAUUUCAAACCAGAAGAAGUUUUCAGACAGAGUUAUGGUGUUUGCACUGUAUGCUAGAUUGAACCAUGUUGGAGCAGAGAAUGCAUUUCUUAUGUGUAAUAAAACUGCAUCAAACGAGUA